AUGGCUUCCAUAAUCUCACGCCCAGUUGUUGCAAUUGCCGGUGCUACCGGUCACCUAGGGCGCCAUGUCGCCUCGGCCUUUCUCUCCCCUCCUUUCAACGAACAUUUCUCUGAUGUCAUACUCCUCUCGCGAAACGAAGCUUCCCCAGAAGCUUCAAAAAUCAAUGGAAAAUAUACAAGCCGAAAAUACGAUGAGGAUAACCUCGUCGACGCCCUCCGUGGAGUCCAUAUCCUUGUAAACACCGUCGGGCAUUCGGGCCAUUCAUUCAAGGAGAAGCUACUCCGCGCCCUGCCCCAAACCGACGUCCAACUCUAUUUUCCCUCAGAAUUCGGCGUGGACCACUAUGUCCAUGACUUUCCACAUCUAGAAUGGGACGCGAAGAAAAGGCACUUUGCUCUGGCGCAGAACUUGAUCCCCGAUCGGAAGAUCUGCCGGGUCUUUUGCGGACUUUUCAUAGAAGAUAGUAUUGGGCCUUGGUUUGGCUUCGAUACCAAGAAUGGCCGAUACGAGAGUGUGGGAUCGGCUAACUCGCCUAUCUCGUUUACCUCACUCGAGGAUGUGGGUAAGGUUGUUGCUUCGCUAGCCGCUCUACCAAAGGAGAAGAUCCCUGAUACCGUUCACAUCGGGGGUGAUACUCGCAGUUUUCUUGAAAUCUCCGAGAUCAUGAGAGAAGGGGGAUCUGGGCAGGUUGAAGUAUCUGAGAUUCCUCUUCAGAAGUACAAGGCGACAGUUACGGCUACGUCUUCGUGGGACCCAGCACCGUAUCUACGGUUUUUGAUUGGGGAGAAUAAGAUCAACCAUAGUGCUGUGGCUCUCGGGGAUGACAAUGAACUUGUUAAUCCUAACGGAGAGGUGUGGAAGUGGAAGACUUUGACAGACUUAGCUAAUGAAACUGAUGGAAAGCCUUGGAAAGAAUUUCCUUGGCCUCCAGUAUAG